GCUCAAUCAGCGGCGGAUAACGUUCCGGGCCGAGGUACGGGGUCGGGAGUAUGAUUGACGUGUUCGGAAUGUUCUCCGUAAACGGUGGGAAUAAGGCCACUAUCUGAGAUUUUCAAUGCCGAAGGAAGCGCCGGCUAUGCUGAGGUGACACACGUGUUCGAAAGCCUGACCAACCGCCGAGAAGUGCUGAAAUCGACGGUCUCCUCCAUGUUAGAAGAUGGGAUGCUCAUGGAGCUACCUUCUCCCCUUCAUUGCCUGAUUGUCCUCCAUCAUUUUCAACUGGAUGUGCUCAGCAUUCAGGAUGUAACAUGGAAAAGAGGAAAUAAUUUUCAAAGAAGCGGCUUCAUCAAAAGCAUGGCCUUUUUAGACAACCCUGCUAUUAUCCUGGCCCAUAUUCGUCAGUCACAUGUUACGAGUGAUGACACAGGGAUGUGUGAGAUGGUUCUUAUUGACCACGAUGUUGACCUGGAGAAAUUGUAUGCUCCUAUAUCGAGCAGCAUCAGGACAAAUGUACAGGGGGAAGGGAAUGCUGAGACUCAGGGUUAUGACUACUCGCAAUCAGUUGACAUUACCUCAAGCUGGGAUUUUGGUAUUCGGAGACGAUCAAACACAGCUCAAAGGCUUGAACGGUUAAGAAAAGAACGACAAAAUCAAAUUAAAUGUAAAAAUGUUCAGUGGAAAGAAAGGAAUGCAAUACACUCAGCUGAAGAAUUAGGCUCCUUGUUUGAAAAGAAGGACUUCCGUGCAAAGCCACUGAAUACUGGAAAACCGUCUACGCUUUCCAUACGUCUUGAACAGUGUCCGCAGCAGCUGAACAACCCAUUUAAUGAGUAUUCAAAAUUUGACGGCAAGGGCCACAUAGGUACCACAGCAACCAAAAAUAUUGAUGUCUACCUCCCCAUGCAAACAAGUCAAGACAAGAUGCAGCCAAUGACUGUGAUAACAAUGGCAAAUGCCAGAGUUCAAGAUCUGAUUGGCUUGCUCUGUUGGCAGUAUACAAGUGAAGGAAGAGAACCCAAGUUGAAUGAAAAUGUGGAUGUCUACUGCCUUCAUAUUGCGGAGGACGAUGGGGAAGUUGAUGGAGAUUUUCCACCAUUAGAUUCCAAUGAACCUAUUCACAAGUUCGGCUUCAGCACAUUGGCACUAGUUGAGAAGUACUCACCGCCUGGGCUGGCAACGAAACAGUCUCUCUUUGUUCGGAUUAAUGCACCACAGAGUGGAUUUUCUCUUAUUCAAGUUGACAGUAUGAAUGUCACCAUGAAGGAGAUUCUGCAGAAGGCUUUAAAAAGAAGAAAAGGUUCACAAAAGGCUGCAGGGCAUCAGUAUCGGCUUGAGAAGCAAAGUGAACCAAAUGUAGCUGUAGAUUUAGAUCGUACCUUAGAGAGUCAGAGCACUUUGGAAUUCUGUCUGGUCAGAGAGUACAGUUCAAGAGGAGAGGAGAGUUCAGAAGAUGAGCCACCUCUGGAUAUGACAACAGUGCAAGAUAUUCUGAGCAGUCAUCGCUACAAAUCAUACAAAGUCAGCAUUGUCCACAAGCUAAGAUUCACUACUGAUGUCCAAUUAGGUAUCUCGGGAGAAAAGGUGGAGAUAGACCCUGUUACUAAUCAGAAGGCCAGCACCAAGUUCUGGAUUAAACAGAAACCCAUUUCAAUUGAUUCUGAUCUACUCUGCGCUUGUGACCUUGUGGAAGAGAAGAGUCCAAGCCAUGCAGUAUUCAAGCUCACCUAUCUAAGCAAUCAUGACCACAAACAUCUCUACUUUGAAGCAGACACCAACACAGUCAAUGAAAUUGUGCUGAAGAUUAACUAUAUUUUGGAAUCUAGAGCAAGUUCAGCACGAGCAGACUACCAAGCUCAAAAACAAAGAAAACUUAGCAGAAGAACAAGCUUCAGCUUUCAGAAGGACAAAAAAUCAGGACAGUAGCAUCAGCCUCAUUGUAAACUGUCCACAGAUGAUGCCGCUGAGGAAGAUCUCCCAGAGUUUCUGAGAUGGGAGAUAAAACUAUGAAGCUGUACUUCUUCAGGCUGCCUAGAAAAGAACAAAGAAAACCGAUAAAAUUUUGGAGACCAUUAGAUCUCUCACUAUUAGAGGUGUUCAAAAGGGUCUGAAGCUUUCUGUUUGGGAUGCAGACUCCCCUCUCAAAGCAGUCCUAUCAGAGGAAAAAAAAAGUGGCUAGAUUUGGUUCCCUAUGCUUUGAUUCAUGGGAGGGUCCACACAUAUAAUCACCUAUGGAAUAUGGAUACAAUGAAUUGCACUGUCUGACAAAUGACUUUACAUGUGUCAUAGCUUGUCACAUGAUCAAGUUGAAAGUUAAUCAUGUGGGACAAAAGCCCUAAAAUUUCAUUUGAUUCUUGUAAAAACAAUAACCGGACAAACAGUUUAACAGCUUUUUCUUAAUGGCUGAAUAAUACAUUUUUUAUGGCCUGCGAAGGAAAUAAACAUUAGUUUUUACUGUGAUCUGUAAAUGUUCUUGCAUUGUACCUGCUAAUGUAAUAUAACGACAAAGCACUGUGUAAGAAAUAGCUGGUAUUAUUUCAGACUGUCAUUUAAGGACAGAAUGAGAAUGUAUAAUAUGUUUAAAACAUUUUUCUUUCUGGCAAAAUGUAUAAAGAUCUGCAGUUUCCAAAAAACUAUAAUAUUUUUUGUUUGAAUAUUCUUUAUCAACCAAUUUUUAAAUGGCUUCAAAUUGUCAACAUUCAUAUCAACAUGACAGUAAAGCCAUAAAUUUAGAAGAAUUUUGUAUUUAAAGGAUCUUCCAGAACUGCUGCUGAUUCAGACAAUUGAAAUUUUUCACUUCUGGUGUUCUGGAUGGAAAUUCAUUCGAUAAAAUGAAGAUGAUUUCCACGUCAGCCAAUUCCACUAGCACAAUGUGGAUCUCCACUGAGUUUAAUAAAUUCAACCAUUUGUCACAUCUCUGUAGUAUUUCAUGACUAAGUUUUUAAAAAUUUAAACAAAGGGUCAAAGGUCAGGAUAUUGCUGCUUCUGGAAUAGUGUGCGCAGUUCUGGUCACCCUAUUACAGGAAGGAAGUUAUUAAACUGGAGAGGGUUCAGAAAAGAUUUACCAGGAUGUUGCUGGAAAUGGAGGGUUUGACGUAUAAAAACAGAUUGGAAAGACUUGGACCUUUUUCACUGGAGCAUAAGAGGUUAAAGGGUGAGCUUAUUGAGAUUUAUAAAGUCAUGAGGAGUAUGGAUUAUGUGAAUGACAUGGGUCUUUUCUCCAGGAUGGGGAGAGUUUAAAACUAGGGGAUUUUCUUUUAAGGUGAAGGAGAAAGAUCCAGAAAGGACAUGGGCAACCUUUUUACACCAAGUGGUUAGUGUGUGAAAUGAACUGCCAGAGCGGGGUGGUGGAUGCAAUUACAACAUUUAAAUGAAACUUGGAUAACUUUGUGAAUAGGAAAGGUUUUGAGGAAUAUGGGCCAAGUGAAGGCAGCUGGGACUAGUUUAGUUCAGGAACAUGGGCAGUGUGGAAUGUUUGGACUGAAGAGCCUAUUUCCAUGACUAUGACUCAGAAAACUGGUUUGGUCUUGCUUCUCACUUACUUGAGGAAAUAUUUCCUUAAAGUUAAGUUUGGGCAAGAUUGAGGAGCAAUCCUAUUCAGUCCCUGCUGAAAUAUCCACAUCUUUGCAUCCAAACCCCUCCAUUCGCUUCUAGUUUCCUCAGACUAAACUGGAGGAUACCCAACCAUGUUCAGUGUUGAGGUAAAUUUCCACCACCUUGCUAAACAGCACAACUAAUCAAACUUUGUCACCUUCAGAAUCAAUCUCAACUACCAUCUUGCUGACCCUCAAGUUCUUCCCUUCACAAACUGAAACUCAUCAAAUAAACUGCAUAACUUUGUUUACUCAAGAUUGUGUCUACUUAAAUUCUUUGGACACCAACCUAGCAGAAUCCCUGUACACUAAUUCAACAACUUCAAACCCCUUGUCUUUAUCUUCAGUUUUCUUUGGCCUUAUCCCCUCUCCAUUUACACACGUGCUAAGCCCACUGGGUGAUCCUUUAUACACUAUCUAUUUAUUUGGUCUGGAUUUGUGUCUUGCUAUGUUCCGCUAUAAUUUGGAAACUGGGUCUUUAGUUCCUCCUGUCCACAUUCUACUCUUCUACACUGUUUGAAAGCUCACCUCAUUGAUUUUGAUUUAAUUCAUCAUUGUCAAUCCUCCUUUUGUGCUUGUUAUUUUUAGUCUGGAGCUUUUCAAGAUGUUUUCUGGUUUGCAAUUUAAAAUACACAUAAUAAAAAUAAGUAUGACACCAUUCA